AUGACUGACUCCAAAUACUUUACAACAACCAAGAAAGGUUAGUGGAUUUCUACUACAGCUGAUACAAAUUUUCCCAGUGGAGAGCUCAUUUUCUUUGCAUUUCAUGAAAUUUCCAAGGGAAAUCUCAAGUAGAUUUGCAGAUGGAUGGUUUUUUUUUUAUUCAGCAAGCUUGAAGUGAUGGUAUGCUAUACCUGAUAAGAAUUAUGACAUGUCAUCUUGGUGGAAAAUUUUCCCUAGUUUUCAAACCUUAGAGCUGGAAUUGUUUUCUUUCAUACUUUUUGAUGCCAGAGUAUGGUGUAUUUUUUCAGGGGAGAUCUUUGAGCUCAAGGCAGAGCUGAACAGUGAUAAGAAAGAUCGCAAGAAAGAAGCAGUAAAAAAAGUUAUUGCUAGCAUGACUGUUGGGAAGGAUGUCAGGUAAGAGAGGCCUGAUGAAAAACAUGGAUGGGAUGCUUUCUUUUCUUUGCAGUGUCUAUAUUGUUAUAAUUGUUACUACAUGUACUGAGUUGUAUUCUUUGGCAAAUUUAAUGAAUGUACAUGUUAGUAUUCAUGUUAAGUUGUUGAAACAAGGGGACUUUUUCUCCUGGCACCUGCAACUUUGUCUGGCAGACCUUCUAAUCUCUUAUAACACUGAAGGGGUUCAGAUUUAUUUUGGGCCACCUCUGAAACAGACCAUGUCAGUUGUGGACAUCUUGAAAUUGAAUUUGAGGCCUAAAUAAUAUAAUUAUGUAGAUUAAAUGACAAAGAUUAGCCUAUAUCAACAAAUCAUACAGCUUAACCACAACUUAUAGUUCCACUGAAAAGUAAGUUAACAGUCCCUCGAUACUCAAUAUUCAAUACUCAAUACUCAAUUCGCAAUCAUCAAUUUUUAGAACUUUGAAGAUCGGGGCUCAAGUCAAGUUUUGAGAUGUUCUUGUUGAGUUGUAAGACCCUCAAAGCAACAAAACAAAAGAAUUUCGCACAACUAAUUAUUCUCACAACUUGAAGCUUUUUAAACCUUGUCUUAUUCACAAGAGAAAAAUCCUUACAACAUUAAAUCAUUGGAGAGUUCUCUGAAGGUCUCAAUUCUUAAAACUUGAGCCUCCUUUCUUAUUUCUUGACUUGAAAGUUUUGAUGACUAAUGAGUGAGUUUCAAGUCAAGACUGUCUAGUCAAGACUUACUUUUGAGCAGUACUUAGUAUGGUUUGUACCACAAAAUAGAGGUUUUGAUUUGCGAUGUUAUGUUUCAGCUCCUUGUUCCCAGAUGUGGUGAACUGUAUGCAAACUGACAACUUGGAGUUAAAAAAGCUGGUGUACCUUUACCUUAUGAACUAUGCUAAGUCUCAGCCCGAUAUGGCAAUCAUGGCGGUCAAUACUUUUGUGAAGGUUAGAGUUACUGCAAGUCCACUUCCUGUGGGAUCCACUGAGUGACAAAAGAGGAAUACAUCCUCCAUCAGCCAAAAAUGAAUUAUAAGGAUGUUGUAUUCAUUUGUCAAUGCAAAAACAAAAGUGCAUGCAGAUUUUUUUUAUAACUGAAUUGUGGAAGAGGCUGGUACAUGCAUAAGCUAUAAUCAAAUUGUCAGAGAUAACACAAGUAUGUAGUUGUGAGUGAUAUAAUUCCACUUGCCAUCAAGAUUAAUGAUGAAUAUUCAUAGUAGGACCAAGCUAUUACUAAUAAAAUCUAGCGAAGGUGCUCCAAGGUAGCAUAUCUUGUGUAAACAUGUUUAGGAAAGCAUUGUGUUUUUUCUUUUCCCACCUAGGACUGUGAAGACCCAAACCCACUUAUUCGGGCUUUAGCUGUUCGCACUAUGGGCUGUAUCCGCGUUGACAAGAUCACAGAAUACUUGUGUGAACCCCUGCGCAAGUGCUUGAAGGAUGAAGAUCCCUAUGUUCGCAAGACUGCUGCAGUUUGUGUAGCCAAGCUUCAUGACAUCAACUCUCAACUAGUGGAAGAUCAAGGCUUUCUUGAUUCCUUGAAGGAUCUUCUGUCAGAUUCUAAUCCCAUGGUGAGAUACAGGUCUUUAUUUUUGAAAGUAUUGUAACCCUCAAGUUCCACUGUCUGGGUCAGGGCAUCCCAAAGUGCCAAAUUCUUGUGAACAAACCGGACAUAAAAAGGAGCCCCUAGAUAGUGUUUCAAGUUCCCUCUUAUUUUUUGAAAUUUUCAAUUAUAGCUUGUAUAUCAACUUUGAGAUGCAUAUUGUUGUGUAAAUAAACAGAAAAAACUUAAACCUUGUUCUAUCGUAUUUAUCAACCAGAAGAAUGAAUCAACAUACAUGUUAAAUGAGGUGCAUAUACUUGUUGUAUACAUCUAAUGACAUUGAAAAACAUUAGCAACAUGAUGAAUUUUUUAGCUGUUCAGCUGUGGAGAUCACCUGGUCAAUAUGACCAGACCUCAGUUUCAGUUAUUCCUGUAACUUUUUCAUGUUUGAUUUUAAGUUGGCAUGAUAGCUCACUUAACAGCUAUGACUUGUUGUAGGUUGUGGCUAAUGCUGUGGCUGCCUUAUCUGAGAUUGGGGAUGUUUCACCAACUGCUGCUGCCAUGAUGGAAAUUAAUUCUCAAACCAUCAACAAACUGCUCACAGCACUCAAUGAAUGCACAGAGUAAGUAAAACAUAUAAAAUAACAAAAUUACAUGCAAUGAUCUCAAAAGGCAGGGCGUGAAAUUGAUUUUUUUUUCUGAUAGCCACUUGGCUCCUAAAUUAUUCAAAGUGGAAGCCAAUACAAAAAAGUUGGUCGCCAUUUUCAAAGACAAACAAACCCUUUUUUUUAUGCUGUCAUCGUUCUAGAAAUUAAGUUAGGGAAAAGAUCUUUCACGUGCUACAAAGUGGACAAUAGAAUGGAUGAUAUGCAACGUUCAAGCUCACCUAAAUCCAUCCUAAAUCUAGUUAUCGAUUGAGAUGCAUGUGCUGCGUUUUGGAAACAAACUUAAUGAGGAAGUUUGCCGCGGAUUUAUAUCUAUAUUUCUAAGUAAGAUUAUGAUGAAACAUUCUAGUCGCCAAUUUGGCGACUAAUUUUCAGGAUUUGGUUGCCAAAGUAAAAAAUUUAGUCGCAUUGGCGCCUGUAUUAGGCGCAAUUUCACGCCCUGAUGCCCUGGGUAUUCAGUAUUCAAUGAGUUGUAAUAGAAAAUAGAUGGAUAAAUUAAUAAAACCUUCAAUGCCUCAUCCUUGCUACGACUCUUUCUCUGUUUUCUUUGUAAUCCUGAGGUCAAGGAAACAUGACAUGAAAACUACCCUCAACAAUAACUCUAGGGAUUAUUUGUGUGAAUUUAUGUAAUUUUUUGACAAUUUUACUCAAAACAGCUGUAUGUUACUAAACCAAAGAUUUCCAGCAUGAGGAUCAUUCAAUUGGUUUGACUUAAAUGCUUGGAGGUUAGCCAUUGAAAUUAAUUUUGGUUAUUUUAAUUUGUUUUUGUCUAUUUUAAUUUGUUUCUAGGUGGGGACAGAUAUUUAUCCUUGACUCUUUGGCACAGUACACUCCUAAAGAUGACAGGGAGGCUCAGAGGUGACAAAUUUCUUUAAGGCUUAAAUAAUAGCAAGGUUAACUCAUAAUUUAAAAUGUUCUCUAUGUUAACUUUGAUUUUGAUAGAAAUUCCAAAUUAAUUACAUUGAAUAAGUCAAUUCAAUCAAUUUCAGGACAGCUUUAAACAGAAUACAAGAUUCCUUAAAAUAAGCUGCCUUGAUUAUUUACCUAGUCAAAAUUAGUGUUAAAAAUACUCUAAAUUCAUAAAAGAAAUAAGUUAAAUAUGAUAAAAAAUUGGCACUGAACUUUAAAAUAAUUUAGCAAUUUCUUUCAAUGAAAAAUUGGUACUGAUGUUGGUACUUAUAUUAAGCUUUGUAAUUCUCUGUUUUUUCUGCAGCAUUUGUGAGCGAGUCACCCCCAGGUUGUCUCAUGCCAAUGCUGCUGUGGUUCUGUCUGCUGUCAAGGUACAGUUUAAUGAAUAUGUCUGCUCCAAGAGUACACUGUAGCUGUAUUUGCAUAUAUUGUUAGAGUCCUGUAUUUGUCACAACCCACCAAAACGUUCCUCUUUCCCUAACUAGUUGUAACAGAUUAUGCUGGCAUAAUUUUUUUCUGUGUAAGGGUAGAUUUGAGACAUACUGCUGGUAGAAUCAUCUUUUUUACAUGCAACACUGCCUGAAACCAUGACACUGAUUUUUUUUUUAAGUAUAAUAUGUCAGACCCUUGUUAAACUUGUUUCUUUAUCACUCAUUAAUCAAGUACACAGUUUGUGGGUAGCACAGGUACUAUCCCUAUAAAGACCUGAACUCUUUGAUCAGGUUUCAAUUUUUCCUACUGCAGCUCCUCUUUAAAGAAAAAUCUGUUACUUUCUUAGAUAAUAAUGGAGCUGCAUCGUAAAUGGGGUCUGUAGCUCACUGUUGUGGCUACCUUGCAAUCCCUCAUUUUUGCAUUGAAAAACAGAAGUUGCUUUGUUUAUUUACACCAAUUGGUAUUCUUAUCUUCAUGUUGUUUGAAGGAAGACCUACCUUUUGCUGAUGUUUUAUUAAAUAUCUACAGGUUCUUAUGAAAUACAUGGAAAUUAUGACUCCCUCAUCAUCAUAUGUGCAGAAUCUUGUUAAAAAACUGUCUCCACCCCUGGGUAAGUUAAAACUUCAUUUUGUGGUUUGAAGUGAACACUCUAACAGUUGCUCAACAGUUUUGUCCAGUAUUACACAUGCAUCUGUACGCCAUAUGCCAUGUACAAGACCUGUGGAUGUUCCUUUUGAUUAAAGCUUCAGAACUGUCCAGUGAUAUAUACUCUAAAUUUUAAUGUUCAUUGUUUCUCUUCAGUGACAUUGUUGUCCAGUGAACCUGAAGUCCAGUACGUUGCUCUUAGGAAUAUCAAUUUGAUUGUGCAAAAGAGGUAACUGUCAAAUGAUAACUCAUUUCAUUAUGAGUCAGUUGCAUGCAUGGUGCUUAAAAUGAAUUGCAUUAAAAUGAAGUUCUAUGUAUCAUUUUACAGAAGAUCAAAAUAAUUACUAUUUUCAUUAAAUUCUUCAACAUGCAAUGACAAAUUUCAUGACUGGUCUGUAGUGUAAUUACAGAUGUAGCACUAUAUUGUUAAUUGGAAUUACAUGUACAGCAUUUCUGACCAGUGAAUGUUGUUUUAUUGUGUAGGGCAGAUAUCUUGAAGAAUGAGAUGAAAGUCUUCUUUGUCAAGUACAAUGACCCAAUUUAUGUAAAACUUGAAAAACUGGAUAUUAUGAUUCGGCUGUCAAAUCAACAGAACAUCGCCCAAGUCUUGGCAGAGUUGAAAGAGUAAGUUGUCUUCCUGGAGCUCAGCCUAAUGUGGCCUUUUUCUAUCAUAGUAAAGUUUGAUUUCAAGUAUCAAGUAAUUUUCUUCAAUGUAUAUUGCACAAACAUGUAUAUGGCACACAUUUCAAAAGAAUUCCAGGUAUAAAAAUGAUCACAGAACAUGUUUUUAAACUUCUGUAAAUGGAAAAAGCUUAAACCAUGUUCAAUGUUUCCAAAGAGUAGAGCCAUCUACACAUUGGUUAUGUCUCAUUUUUCACUUCUAGAACUGGAUUUCUGUUGCUCUCUGGUAAUUUUCUAUACAAUAAUAGGUUUAGAUUGUAAUACUUUGGUGUGGAUUUCAUUGACAACAUGGGCGUAAAUCAUUUACCUGUGGUCCAUACACAGUCUCCUAUGUAUUUUAUACAUGCACAGAGUAGAUUGGACAACUUCUAUGCUCAGUUACCCUUGUGAAAGUAAGAGAGACUUAAAAAUUAAUGCACAUUCAUGCCAAGGAAAUACAUACUGUCAAAGUACAAAAUAUAUCACAAUGUUAGAAAUCUUCCUCAAGAUUCAAUUAAAAGCUUUUUCCAUUGUGUGUGUGGAACUUUAGAUGGUCAAUAGUCUUUGCACUGAGGUAAUAUCCAUUGUCAUUUUUAUUAUAUUCUUACCAUAUAGCAAUGUAUAAAUCUUUCAAUUCCAGGUAUGCCACAGAAGUUGACGUUGAUUUUGUAAGGAAAUCAGUACGUGCAAUUGGACGCUGCGCCAUCAAAGUUGAGGUUUGUUGUAAACUAGUCACUUAGUGGUCAACAUUCAAAGUGUUUAGGCUGGAGCCAUGAAAACUGGGACAGCUCCAUGUCCAGGUAAACUCGUCAGGAAAAUUAUUGUCAAAGGACAAAUUUGUCUCUUUUUUAGUGUGACUUUAUAGACUCCCAUUGCCAACUAAUAAACUUUGGUUUAACAUGUACGUAUUACAGUUUAAAAGGGCCAUAUGACGAAUGUUUAACUUUGGAUGAAAUUUUUGUUUGUGAAUUUUAAUAUAUUUCAUUCCAAAAGUUUACUAGUUGGCUUGACUUGAUUUAGUUGAGUUAGUUUUUGUGGCUCACUAUCUAAACAUUAUUAAAUGUUGAUAACUACAUUUUGAGAUGCACCGUUCAUGCAGACACACAAUAACUUACAUACACAUGGGAAACACUCUCAUUGCCCCUGUUCUGCAAUGAGAUUCCUAAAAAAGUACAAUGAAAUGAAAGGUUCAUUGACUAAAGAAACCCAUACUGUGGGCAAUGUACUUAAUUUCAUUGAAACUGGGCAACAGUUCAGAAGAAGGUAUUGAUGGUUGGAGCUUCCUACAUGUAGUUGUCUGAUUUUGUGAAUCAUAUGAUUACAGACCAAAUUGGAUUCACUCAGUCCUAAUAUAUCCCAGUGGGUCCUAUGGUGCAUUCACUUUACAUGUACUAUGUCUUAAACUCUGAGGCGACUGAAGUUGGAAGGUUGCAUAUUUAAGUCUGGAUGAUAUUUCACCAAAGAAUCAUUGGGAAAAGUGUUUUUCAAAAACAGUGGAGAGAACUGGAUGCCCUCGGAAGUGUCUUCCUAAACAGGGGUCUUAAGGGUGAAUGCUGCUACAACUACAACAUAAACAAAGGAGGUGGUAUUCUGUGCUAACCUUACUCCUAAAGGCAGAUGGUCGUGGAUGAUUUUCUUGGGAAGAUGAUAUGCUGUGUUGUAUAUAAAAAGUUUAAAAAACAUAUACCAGUAUGUAAAACUGUCAGUGUGUUUAUGUGUAAAAUUUAUCUUAUUUGUUAAUAGAUGAUCUCUUUUGUAGCAAUCUGCAGAACGCUGUGUGAGCACUCUCCUGGAUUUGAUUCAAACCAAGGUUAACUAUGUGGUACAAGAAGCGAUUGUGGUUAUCAAGGUGACAUAUUUACUUCAGCCUCUUCUUCUCAGCACAUAAUUGAUAGAAGUUUUCAAGGAAACAUUUAUCCUUCCAACAGCAUCAUGGUGCUUAGAUAGCAGUUCCUCACUGUACUCCCCCAAAGCUGCAAUUAAUCAUAGUACCCCAAAUUUACCACACAGAGGCAGCAGAGUGCUUUGAAGUGUGUGUUGGGAGGGGGGGGAGAGGGAAGGGAGAGGGGAGGGGUGGCUAUCUUAUGUACUAAGCUAAGUACACACCCUUAACUCAAAUUUUUCCAAAAAUUCUUUUUAAUGUUGGCCUCUUAAAUGCAGGCUGGCAGUGUUUAAAUGAAAAAAAAUCCUACCACAUUGAGUUUCACCAAGCAUGCAGCUUAUGAAAAAUUGAAAGACAAAUUCCUUAUUUUAGGUUUUUGGCUUUUUUGGAUGGUGUUUGUGACCUUUGGUGUUUCUGAUGUUCUUGUGUAUGUGUUUAUGUUUUACCUUUGCUGUUUAAAAUUAGGACAUAUUCAGGAGAUACCCAAACAAGUAUGAAAGUAUAAUCUCCACCUUGUGUGAAAAUCUGGAUUCAUUAGAUGAGCCUGAGGCGAGGUGAAUAUAUCUGGGCUACUGCCUUUGGUCAUUUUUCUUCAAGAUGAAGAUGUUCUUGAUAGUGAAAUUUUUCAAACUGUUGAAUUUACGUUCGCAUGUACGUGUACAUGCUAAACUUCCACCUUACUCAACAAAUCUUUCUGUUUCCCUUGUUGUUUUGUAAAUAUUUCCAAUAAAAGUAAAAAAGAGGGGAGCAGAAGCAGUUUUUGUCUCACCUGGGAAAUUGAUUGAGUUCUCUUUCAAACAUAGUUUUAUAGCUGUGAAAUAUUAUUGUUUCUUUGGAUUGUGGAAAUAUUUGCUCCUUUUUAUUUGGUGACUUUCAGUUUAACAUCUCCACAUUUUAGUAAGUACUUACUUACACUGAUUUUAAUGAUUCAUAGGGCAUCGAUGAUUUGGAUCAUUGGUGAAUAUGCUGAGCGAAUUGACAAUGCUGCAGAGCUAUUGGAGUCCUUCCUGGAAGGUUUCCAAGAUGAAAAUUCUCAGGUGCAAAUUUUUAUAAAAAGCAUGUGACAUUUUUUUUCAAAUUAUGAUAUUGAUUUAGUGUCAAAGACAUAAUCCUAUAAUAUCAUUACUCCUCUUGCAUAAGGUUCAACUGCAGCUGCUGACAUCCAUUGUGAAGCUGUUCUUGAAGCGUCCAACUGACACUCAGGAGCUAGUGCAACAGGUCUUGAGUCUGGCAACACAGGAUAGUGAUAACCCAGACCUAAGGGACAGGGGCUACAUCUACUGGCGGCUUCUUUCAACUGACCCUGUGGCAGCAAAGGUGCGAUAAUUAGGUUCUCUAUUCCCAACAUUAAUUAAGUAUCCCUCUUUCAUGAAAUCAGUUUCUGAACACAGUAGUCCAUUCUGGUUUUCAUGGCAGGAAGAAAUUAUGAGUAUUGCUGGUCUAGCUAGAUUGGAUGCCAAUCCAUCAUAGGUUAUUUCCCAGCUUUCACUGCAUCAGUGGGAGAGGAAAAUGUUUUGUUGGACUCUGUGACCCCUAAGAGUGACUAGCAGGUAAUUUUUCACUAAACAUCAGUCUUGAGUCACACAUUAAGGUCACAAGAAUAAAGGAAAUGACCACCAACUAAAGAAGUUCUUGAUAAUUAAACAAAUUCUCCUUAUCAGCACCUCAGGAAAUUUAUAGAGAACAUUAUUGAGAACAUGCAUAUUGAUGUCAGGCAGUGAAGGGUUGAGCAUAAUUAUAUCCUUAUGGUUUGGCUGGAAUUGGAACAUGGACCUCUAAACGAGGGGUUCAGCAUGUUAACUACAAGGCCACUGUUUCUCAAACUCUUGUCCAUAGCAUGACACAAUUUGACAAUAUCAUUUUUCCUCCCUGAUGCUGCAGAAAUCACCAUUCAUUUUUUGGAAUUCCCACUAGUACUUGUGGAAUUUUUUUGAAUGUGUCUAAAACAGGAAUUGUGUAGUUAUCAGGACUCUUGUAAGAAAUGCUGUACAUUUAUGUAAACAGUGUUUUAUUGGAUUUUCCAUAGGAAGUUGUGCUGGCUGAGAAGCCCCUGAUAUCUGAAGAAACUGACCUCCUAGAACCCACUCUCCUUGAUGAACUGAUCUGCAACAUUUCCACAUUGGCAUCUGUGUAUCACAAGCCACCCAGCUCAUUUGUUGAAGGGCGCACUGCUGCAAGGAGAUUCACCUUGCCACCGAGGGCUGAGCCAUCUCCAGGUACCGUGCUUAACUUUCCAGAUAACGUACCUUUUUAAUAAUUUAGUUUACCCUCAUUGCCCCUCUCUUUAACGAUGUGAUGCUCUGGUGCCCUUGUGAUGGAGAAAAAUUAACUUCAACCCAGGUUGCCCCUUGCAGGAAUUUCUAAAAUAGUUGCUGGGUAAGCUGUUCAGUCAACAUGAUGUGGUCAAGAUUGCUAUAAGUUAAGUUGUUUGCUCAGUUUGGGCAUGAAGAGAAUUCUAACAUGUGUCAUAGCAAUAGCCUUACAAGAUUCUGACCAUCUUGACUAGGGGCUGAGACUGAGGAAGCUACCCCUGCUCCAUCCCAACCAGUUGCAGCUCCAGUAACUGCUUCAGUGGCAGCCCAUGCGCCACCAUCUCAACCAGCAGCUGACUCCUUACUUGGUGACCUGUUGAUGGACAUGGGACCCACUCAACCUGCUGCCCCACCUGUGCAGCCAGCAGCAGGUAUGCAGAUAUUAUGUCACCUGUCAUUUCUCAGUGAUGUCUUCUCACCUAGUAUGGUAAACAGAAAAAUGCAGAAAGUUACUCAUUAACGUGCUAAGCACUUGUCAUUCAUUCCUCCAGUUUAUUACUCCAAUUUAUUGCUUCAAAUACUUCUACUAAGCUUGUAGGUGUGGUUUGCUUAAAUUAUUGGUGCAUUGACAUUUAAACGCUGUAUUAAUGUCACAGAAACUAAGACAAGCUCAGGUGGCGUGAGCCAUUAGGUUCGUGUGCAGACUUGGCCUACGUAUAGUAAUCAACCCACAAGUAAAGUAAUCAUUUUUGUCCUUUGAUUCAGCGGCAGGGGGAGGAGGAGUUAUGGAUCUUCUGGGAGAAGACCUAAGUGGUUUACAGGUGAAAAGUCUCUUUCUACAUGUUUUUAAAACGUAGCUGAAAUUACUGUGAGGCAGUUAAAAUUAUGUGAUGUUGCACCUAGAGCAAAAGCUGUACUUUAAAGAGACAGAAUACUAGAAGAUCGCUUUCUUGAAAACAACCAUCUUUAGGCUACUAAAAAUGUCAAAGGUUUAGAACUGAGAUCUUUUGCGUCGGCAGCAUGGCUCCCCUUGGAGUCAAGGAUCGCUUCUCGUCUGUCUUGUCCACUCCCUUGAUUACAUCUUCUGACAAUACCAGUGCACUUUUAAACAGUGUUGGGAUGAAAAUGGAGAAAAAUAUUUACUUGGUGAUAUUGGAAUACGAACGAGUUGGCAUUAAUCAGGUCCUUUGCGGGUUUGCGCAAAGAUUUCGCCCCGUGGCGAUCUCAGAAAUCCAUGCAUAAACGUAAAGAUCCGAUCACUGGCAACUCAUUCAUUGCCAGUAUUGUAUUAAGUAAUUUAGUCAUACAUCAUCCGUUACCAUGCAUUUUUAAUAGCAUAACUUCAUACUUCAGUACAUGUGUUGAUUGCCUCUAUUAAAUUUUAGUUCAUAAUCUACCGUGACCAACUUGUCCGCCACAUUGGCGUAACAGUUUCUCAAGAAAUUGAUGACUUUGCUUAUUGAAUUCUCUCUCAGCUUGGUGGAGCUCCAAGUCCUGCUCAGCCAAUGGGAGGGCCGAUGGGGGGCUUGGGCGAUCUUUUCAGUCUGUCUGGGGGACCUGGUAUCUCAGGAGGAAUGUACUCUGCGCCUAAACAGGUUGGGGACAACUUCUUUCGCUUAAUUUACUCCGCUAGAACUUAGAAGCACGACAUAAUGGCAUGCCUAGUUCGUGUAUGCAAAGAGACCAAGUGGAUACCUAAUACUCUGAGCUAAUGCAAUUUUCAUGGAAAUUUCAAAUUGGUAACUAAGAGUGUAAUGUUGAGUGAUAAUUUAAACGUUAGAAUGGCUGAAAUCGUAGUGUUUUGAACCUCGUUGAUUCACUAAGUGAACCAUUCCCAUCACAAUCCUCUGAGAUGCAUUGAGCUCCCUAAGAAACAUUCUCGACAGAGCACUGAGCCUGUGUAGCUGACUCUUUGCUGGGAGGUUGUAGCGAUGGAGCCGUGAGAGGAGUGGGAAUGAGAAGUUUCAGCCUCACGAUUUCAGACUAAAUUGCAUAUAUUAAAUUUUAUAGAUUAGUGAAGAUGGUUUUGGAAAUUCUGCAUACCCUAUGAAUCACUUUGCCGCGUAUAGUGGGAAGAGAUUUAAGAGUCAUCUCUUUUAAGAUAGGCACUGAUUGUUUGUAAAAUCUUGUUGUUGUUGUUGUUUUUUUUUGUUGUUGUAUUUAUCUUGUUGGACCGUAAAGGAAUUUUGAAGUUAAAAUGUUGCUAGCUAAAACUACGGUUCUGCCAAUUGACUGUUACUGACAACAAUGUUUUUCGGGACUAUCCCCACCUGGCCGAUCACACCACAACGGAUUGUUCCUCCGGUGUUAAAAGUAGUUACUGUACGAAUAUGAGUUACAACAUGUGUUUUUUUGUUGUAGUUUCACUGUGACAUUGUUGAACUGACACGUGUUUCAAUUUUGUUUUGUAGAUGUGGCUCACUGCUGCCAAAGGGAAAGGAGUUGAGGUUUUAGGUAUAAUUGUUAGAAUUAUUAAUUUAACUAGCUCUGCAGCUCUUGUAGUAACCAUCGCAAUGAAGUCUGUUAUUUUACUGAUUUCUCGUGGUAAACAAAAAGUCGUUUUUCUUGAACAGGAACAUUUUCUCGACGUCAAGGACAGAUUUACAUGGAUAUGACAUUCCACAACAAAGCCAUGCAAGCCAUGGGAGACUUUGCAAUCCAGUUCAAUAAGAACAGGUGGGUAGCAAUUAUUUUUAGUUAAGAAUGAAGCGCAUCGAAAAAGUGACUUCUUUGAGAGCCAGGUCCUUUAUUCCACGCUCCUGACAAGUGAUGUCAUUGAUAGGCUAAGUGUCUUGCCUCCUUUCUUUCAGUUUUGGUUUGGCACCCGGUUGUCCGCUAAACAUUCCAUCGCCGUUGCUCGCCAACUCCUCCGCGGAAACUUCGCUUCCUGUAAACACAAGUACGUAAACUUUCGAUUUGAAGUACAAGUGACACGUCAACUUGUGAGUGGUCAGAUCUAUCUUGUUAUUCUUUCGUCUGCCUUCUAUACAUUUCCUUGAAGUAACGUCGAGAGAUUUUUUGUUGCUAGAACCACCCCCCAGCUGACAAGAUUUAGUAUUCUCGUAACCUGUUUGCUGGAUAGUGUGUUGAAAUUAUGAGUAGUUACGUGAUGACUUACUGUGGGAGUACAAGGGCUAAAAAUCUUGUUAAGAUACCGCUAGGUGAAUGUUUAUCGGUUUUUCACGGGGACGAAGUCGCUGUUGAGUAAAGCAAUAGACCGCACUUUCCAUAUAACCCACGCGGGAUGCUGAUUUUCUGCAAUUAGUUUGUUUUAAUUCAUGUUCGUAUUCGCGUAUUUGAAAGAAGGACUGUAAUCGAGGAAGUGUAUUACACAGAUAUGUUACGAAGUAAAUCACUUACGAUAUUUAGAUGAUAAUAAUCGUCCAUCGAUACUGCAAUCACUUCUGGCGGAUUCCUGCCUCCUAAAUUCCAGUUGGGUUUAGUAUGGGACCGAGGCUUGGCCCAAUUUAGGCCAACAUCAACUGUAUUUCUUGCUCCUCGUUGAGGUUUCUGAUCUGUAACGGGAUGUGGAAUAAUUUAAUUUGACCAUUUGAUAAUAAAAGGAACAUUUUUCUCUCAUUUUUCAAUUUUUUUCCGACUAGAUGGCGCUGUGCUGAGAAUGGACCCACUUACAAACCUCCAGGUGGCCGUUAAAAAUAAUGUGGAUGUGUUCUACUUCAGUUGCACUGUUCCUUACAACGUGCUGUUUUCAGAAGAUGGCCAGAUGGGUGAGUCUUACCCAGGCCACCGCGACUUAGUUGAACAUUAUUUACUGUUUGGGAAUCUGGACCCAGUUGUUCGAAGGCCGACUAGCGCUAACUCAGGCUUAAAUUUUUAAUCCAGGUUUCUUUAUUUCUUUGUUCAAAAACCUUUUAGGGAAAAUUUUUUCUAUUUUUUAUCUAGGACAUCUAAUCAAAUGACAAGCCAAAAGAUUUGAACUGAAAUUUCCUCUAAAGCUUUCAGACCUGAAAUCAAAUUUUAACACUAACCCUGGGUUAUUUUGACCGAACCAGGCCAAUUUCCAAGUAGGUUUACUAAUAACUUAGUCCCGGGACUCCUCUUGGCUGAUGUAAAGCACUGGUACUGUUCGCUGUUGUACAAUAUCGAAACACACUCGUGGGACCGGCUUCUGACUUGUGGUGCCUGUUAUUGUAUCACCUCCCUCACAUGCAAUACAAGGUUCAUUUUUAUCCUCCAGUAGACCUUACUAUUGUAUUUCAACAUUGCUUGAGGGAAAGGGGUGGGGGGUUAAUAAAAUCUGCUUUAUUAAACUACUUAGGUUUUUUUAAGCAAGUAACAUUUUAGAGUUCUAAGAAUUUUCUUGCCGUAAAAUAAUCCGGGAAAGAUGAAAUAAACCAAAAUGAGCCAACUGACAAGAAACAAGGUCGGGUAAGGAUGGGAGAAUGUUUUCUCUGAUUGGAAAUGAUCAUCAUGUAAAGUCUGGGUUAGAUUUUACAUGAUGAACUAACGGUGGUGUAGCGUCUUAUGUGAACGCUGGAACAGUUUUUCAAUUAAUUCUGACCCUCGGGGUCAGAGCCACUUAGUGUGAAACUCUUUGAACUCGACAUUGUUCAUGGCAAUUUAAAGAAAAAAUGACCGGGUGUAGUGUUAGUUAUUAUUAUUCUUUUCCUUUAUUUAUCUAUUUGAAUCAUAUCUAUGCAGAACAAUUUAAAACUUCUCAAAAUUUUCUUGUUUUGUUUCUUUCAGAUCGCAAGGUGUUUUUAGCCACGUGGAAGGACAUACCUGCAGGGAAUGAAGUUCAGAAUCAAAUCACCAAUGUAAAUUUUUCUUCAGGUAAGAUUGCCAUAUGUGUACCGGAUAGUCGAUGUUGUCUCUGAAUGUUGCACUAACAUUAUUUUCCAUUUGUUGCCUUCGCUUUCUUUUGUAGAAGUUGCUCAACAGAAACUUUCUGCCAACAACAUAUUUACUAUCGCAAAACGUACAGUGGAAGGCCAGGUAUUGAAAUAGAGUUGAAUAAUUCUUACAGUUCACAGGCUGGUUCAGAAUUAAGGACUGCACGUCCGUGGAACUAAACUGCUUAAUCAAAUGAUCUGAUACAACUAUCGAUGACUGAAUAUGAACAAAGAAGCUGCUUUCCUCUCGUGACUUGAAGUCCCAGCAUUUCAAUUUUGUAAUGCGCUUACUCAUUGAAAAAUUCCACUUUACCCUCAACAGUAUAAAGCUCGAGUGAGCCGCUUUCUGCUAAGUAUAUAGAGCUGUCCGCUUGGGGGUGUCCGAGCGCAAAGAACGCAGCAAUAAUAGUUUGCUUUUUUUUCCAUGAUAUGUUUUCCAACUUUUGUUAUUUUUUCGCUAGGACAUGCUUUACCAGUCACUGAAAUUCACUAAUAAUAUCUGGGUUUUGGCCGAACUUAAGAUGCAGCCUGGUAACACUGUGGUGCAGGUAUGAAGCCUUAAAAUAAUUGUUUUGUUUUACAUUGCAGUGGCUAUCCUUAUAGACAAUUUUAAAACUCGGUCCCCUUUUUAAAGAACAAACUUUUUGGAUCAGCACAGUCAUGAUGACAGAUCUUUAAUGUCGAAUUCGUACGAAAUAUUUUCUAUGCCUUCCCCUGCAUCUUUUCAUAACCCAUUCACCCAAUCUAUCUGUCUCCUCCGCCCUCAGACCAUGAUCCAUUCACCGUCGUUCUCGCUUUGUAGAAAAAAGCAUUGAACCCAAGGUAAACCACACAAACCGCGAUAAACAGAUCACCUCUGUGAUUUUCAAAAAGUAACGAAAACUUGCUUGUCUUUCUAACAGUUGUCGCUGAAGACGCGAGCCAUGGAUGUUGUUAUGGGCGUACAAGCUAUGUACGAGACCGUCCUACACAACUAAAGGCCUGGAGCUGAUUCAAAUGUAAAGGAAUCACCGUUACGUCUCACACUGAAAAGCAUAGUACUGAAAAUAAUAAAUAAUAAACUGUAACAUUCAGUGUUUACUGAAAUAAAAGUAACUUGUUCUUACG